AUGCCUAGACGGACAGAAGAUGCUGAACCAGCUCAACCAAAGGAAUGCUUGGAGUUUGAUGAUAAUGAAGAGGAGGAGGUAGAAGAGGAAGAAAUUGAGUAUGAAGAAAUUGAGGAGGAGGUAGAGGAGGAGGUGGAGGAGGACGAGGAUAUUUCAGAGGAAGUAGAGGAGGUAGAGGAAGAGGAAGACCCUGAAGAAAGAGAAGUUCUUGAUGAAACUGAUGCUAGUCAUGACAGUGACAGUAAAUCGGAAGGUGUUCCUCUUCCUCAGCAGGAUGGUACCAAAGAUGGGAGCGAUAAAGAGAAGCAUGCCGAACUUCUUGCUCUUCCUCCUCAUGGAUCUGAAGUAUAUUUUGGGGGCAUCUCCAGCGAUGCAUCUUCUGACGAUCUCAAGAAACUAUGUGAGCUAGUUGGCGAAGUUGUGGAAGUUAGAAUAAUGCUGAGCAACAAGGAUAGCAGGGGAUAUGCUUUUGUUACUUUCAGAACUAAUGACCUGGCUUUGAAGGCCAUCGAGAAAUUGAACAAGGCAACUUUCAAGGGAAAGAAGCUAAGAGUUUCUUCCUCCCAGGCUAAGAACAAGCUAUUUGUUGGAAAUAUACCUCACAGUUGGUCAUUUGAUGAUUUUAAAAAAGCAGUGGAAGAAGUUGGUCCUGGAGUAUUAAAAGUUGAUCUGAUUAAGGAUCCACGUACAGAUCGCAAUCGGGGUUAUGGUUUCGUUGAAUACUAUAAUAAUGCAUGCGCUGAGUAUUCAAGGCAGAAGAUGACUGCACCAAAUUUCAAAUUAGAUACAAAUGCUCCUACUGUCAGCUGGGCAGAUCCCAAGAAUGGCGAUUCUGCCUCUACAGGCUCUACUUCACAGGUCAAAUCUGUAUAUGUCAAAAACCUGCCCAAGAAUGUUACUCAAGGACAGCUGAAAAAGCUGUUUGAGCGCCAUGGUGAAAUCAUAAAAAUUGUUCUCCCCCCUUCAAAAGAUGGUCAUGAUAAUAGGUAUGGUUUUGUUCACUUUAAAGACCGCCACAUGGCCAUGAAGGCUGUGAAGAGCACAGAGAAAUAUGAGCUUGACGGUGAGCUUUCUUCUUGUGUUGGAAUGCUGUACUAUGUCUUGUUUGUUCUGUUUGGUGCAUUUAAGGUAACAAAUAUUUCUUUAACAGGUCAGCUCCUGGACUGCUCACUCGCAAAACCUCCUGCUGAUAAAAAAGACGAUGCAGUAUCAUUGCCUACUGCCAAAGGAGGUCCGUUGCUCCAUGCUCCACUUGGAUAUGGUAUGCCGCGGCCAGAUCCUUAUGGUGCGCCUCCUGCUUAUGGUGCCCCUCCUGCUUAUGGUGCACCUCCUGCUUAUGGUGGACAGCCUCUGCUCUAUGCUCCAGGAGCUCCUCCAGGUGCAGCAAUGGUUCCAAUGCUUCUACCGGAUGGCCGUCUUGUAUAUGUUGUGCAACAGCCUGGAGCGCAGCAACAUUUCGCUUCCCCUCCGCCCCAGGUGCGGCAACAUCAGCAUUUCACAUCUCCUCCGCCACAGGCACGGCAAAUUGGACGUCAUGGUGGCAGCGGUGGCGGUGGAGGCAGUGGUGGAUCAAGUAGGUCCGGGUCGGGUACAAAGCGCCCGAGGGGAGAAGACAACAACAGCAGCAGUCGCAACCGACAACGCCGGUAUUGA